CUCGCCGUGAUGCAUAUAAGGACAUUUAACGCUCGUCAUGGACCAAAUUCUACACCUUGUCCUCAUAAUUCUCACUGACCCUGAGUCGGGAGAAUGGUUCAAUCUCAAGUUAUCCGUAUCGCGCUGACCGCUGUCACCUCUGUCUUCGUUUACUAUGCCCUCAAGUUCCUUCGUUUCCAAUGCCGCAAACUCACGUCGCCUUUGCGUCACAUUCCUGGACCUAAGGCGACACAUUGGAUAAUGGGUAAUCCUGAAGUGCUUAGCAAAGAUACUCAAUCAAUACAGAGGAAGUGGAUAGCUAAAUUUGGGUCAACGUUCACGCUCUUCGGCGCACUCAACACACGCCACCUUUUCACGACCGACACUCGCGCUCUGAGCUACGUGCUUCAGCAUGGCGAAAACUACCAGAAGCCGAAGUCUCGUAGAGAGGGUAUCGUUCACGGACAAGGUCUCUUGCGCGUCAGGGGAGAACAGCAUAAGAAUCAGCGGCGGAUUAUGAACCCUGCGUUUGGUCCCCUCCAACUACGCGAACUUACUCCCAUCAUCUUUGACAAGGUCAACCUGAUGCGCGAUCUUUGGUUUCGUGAAGUGCCCGCAGGCGGCAAACCUGUGACGCUCAACGCGCUGAGUUGGCUCAGUAAAGCAGCCCUCGACAUCAUCGGCCUUGCGGGGUUCCAUUAUCGGUUCAACUCGCUGAACCCCGAGGGAAAGCCGAAUGAGCUCAACGCUGCAUUCAGCGCUGUGUUCGCUGCCUCGCUGGGAUCGUUCGGAUCCGUGAACACGUUUGUUCGUGGAAUGUUCCCUAUUCUAGAUGCUGUGUUCCCUGAUAAUCGCAGAUUGAAGGUGAUGGAAGCGCGCAAGACUAUGGCGCACGUCGGGAACCAGCUGCUCGCGGAGAGCAAGUCACAGUUCAGCAGCGAGAACGACAAGGGUGGGGAGAAGGUCAAAGCCAGAGACCUGCUGAGUCUGCUGGUGAAGGCGAAUAUGUCACAAGACGGCGGGCGGCAUCUGACGGAUGAUGAGCUCAGUGGACAAAUCCCGACGUUCCUGGUCGCAGGUCACGAAACCACCAGCACCGCAACAACAUGGGCUCUCUUCUCCCUUACGCAGCACCCCGCCGUGCAGUCCAAGCUUCGCGACGAGUGCCUCACAUUGUCAACCGACACCCCGACAAUGGACGAGCUUAAUGCCCUGCCUUACCUUGAAGCUGUCGUCCGCGAGGCCCUGCGCGUGCACGCGCCCGUGCCGCUCACAUAUCGUAGCGUGACGAAGGACGACGUCAUUCCGCUCGGAACGCCGUUCGUGGAUGUCAACGGGGUGAGACAUGAAAGUAUCAAAGUGGCAAGAGGAGACACGGUCGCGAUCCCGAUCAUGUCCACGAAUCACUCAGCCACGAUCUGGGGCGAAGAUGCGGAGGCGUUCGACCCCGAACGGUGGCUCGAAGGCAACACGCCUGAGGGCGCCCAUGGGAUCCCUGGUGUGUGGGGAAACCAGAUGACGUUCAUGGGUGGGCCACAUGCGUGCAUUGGCUUCAGGUUUUCACUUCUUGAGAUGAAGGCCUUGCUCUUCUCUCUACUCCGUUCGUUUACGUUCGAGCUAGCUGUUCCCUCCGAGGAUAUUGUUCCCAAGCAGACGAUGGUGCGCCGGCCGACUGUUGCAUCGCAGCCCGAGAAAGGCGCGCAACUGCCGGUGGUGGUACGCCGCUACGAGGCGUAAGGUGUAUCGUACAUAUUCUAAAACACAGCUAUUUUUCGUCUCUUCUGAUUAACUCG